GCAAAGCCAGCUGGAUCCUGCUCCUCUCUUACCUCUUCCCAGGUCCACGUCCAGUGCCUUUGGCGCCGAGGGACACAAGUCCCUCCGCAGGGCUCAGGGCGCGCAUCUCAGGGGCUCGGCUCCGUGACUUCCGCGGGAGUGAACAUGGCUGGGCAGCGGGCACUGCUUCUAGGGGGCUUCCUUCUCUCCGGGACCCUGCUCUCAGAGACCGCCAAAAUCCUAACUGUGUCAACACUGGGUGGAAGCCAUUACCUGCUGGUGGACCGGGUGUCCCAGAUUCUUCAAGAUCAUGGUCAUAAUGUCACCAUGCUUCAGCAGCGAGGAAAUUCUUUGAUGUCAGAUUUUAAAGAGGAGCCAAAAUCAUACCAAGUUAUUACUUGGCUUCCACCCCAAGAUCAUCGAAAAGAAUUUAAGAAGUGCUUUGAUUUCUUUAUGGAAGAAGCCCUGCAUGGCAGAGGAAGUUUUGAAAACUUCUUAAAAUUAAUGGAACAGCUGGGGUUUCAGUGCAGUCACUUGCUGAGGAGAAGGGAUAUUGUGGAGUCCCUAAAGAGUGAGAACUUCGACCUGGUGAUAAUUGAAAUUUUUGACUACUGUCCUCUCCUGAUUGCUGAGAAGCUCGGGAAGCCGUUUGUGUCUCUUCUUUCCUCCUCAUUUGGCACUUUGGACUUUGGGCUCCCUAGUCCCCUGUCUUACGUUCCGGUAUUCAGUUCUUUGCUGACUGACCACAUGAGCUUCUGGGGCCGGAUGAAGAAUUUCCUAGUGUUCUUUGGUUUCUCCAUGAAGCAAUGGCAAAUACAGUCCAAGUUUGACAACAGCAUCAAGGAGCAUUUCCAGGAGGGCUCUAGGCCAGUUCUGUCUCACCUUCUACAGAAAGCCGAGCUCUGGUUUGUUAACUCUGACUUUGCCUUUGAAUUUGCUCGGCCCCUGAAUCCCAACACUGUUUAUAUUGGAGGAUUAAUGGUCAAAACUAUUAAGCCAGUACCACAAGACUUAGAGAACUUCAUUGCUAAGUAUGGGGACUCUGGUUUUGUCCUUGUGGCCCUUGGUUCCAUGGUGAGCACCUACCAGACCUGGGAAGUCCUCCAGGAGAUGAACAGUGCCUUUGCCCAGCUCUCACAAGGGGUAAUAUGGAAGUGUAAGCAUUCUCAUUGGACCAAAGGUGUCAAGUUGGCUGAAAAUGUGAAAAUUAUGGACUGGCUUCCUCAGAAUGACCUCCUAGCUCACCCUAACAUUCGUCUGUUUGUCAGUCAUGGAGGGCAGAACAGCAUAAUGGAAGCCAUCCAGCAUGGUGUGCCCAUGGUGGGGAUUCCUCUUUUUGGAGACCAGCCUGAAAACAUUGUCAGAGUAGAAGCCAAGAAACUUGGUGUCUCUAUUCAAUUGCAUAACCUCAAAGCAGAGACACUGGCACUUACAAUGAAGAAAGUCAUUGAAGACAAGAGGUACAAGGCUGCAGCCAUGUCUGCCAGUGUCGUCAGGUGCUCCCACCCCCUGACCCCAUCCCAGAGGCUGGUGGGCUGGGUCAACCACAUCCUUCAGAGCAGAGGGGCAGCGCACCUCAAGCCCUAUGCCUUCCAGCAGUCGUGGCAUGAGCAGUACCUACUUGAUGUCUUCUUGUUCCUGCUGGGGCUCACUCUGGGCUCUGUAUGGCUUGGUGGGAAGCUGCUGGGCAUAGUGGUCAGGUGGCUGUGUGGGGCCAAGAAGCUGAAAGAGAUGUGAUGCCAAGUGUGGCACUGGAGUGGAGGUAUCUGGGAGUCCCUGGUUCUUUGGAGUCUCCCCUGACCUGGACAAGCUCUGCGUGGGUCUCCGUUUUCUCUCCCCUGCUGAUGGUCUUGCAAGUGACUCCUUCCUAUUAUCUACCUUGGUUUAGAAAUCCUAUGUAUCACUCACAGAUUUCUUGACUUGUUCCUUAUGACCCAGACUUCUGGCAGAUACCGAAUUUCAUAACUGCUUUGCCCCCUCCUCACUCCCUUUCCCAAGAAACAGUGCUCUGAUAAUUUCAUCCUCCCUGCCAUGAUGAAUUCUCACUCUCUGUCCCAUAUGUUUCUUUCUAUCACUUUGCAUAAAAAAUACACAAGAUAUUUGGCACAUUCUUCCUUUUUAUUCCAGGCUCUUGCAUCUUCUGUAAGCUGUCUUCAAAGCUCAGGAAGCCUGGUCUACUCCCUUGCAUUUAGGCAGGAACAGACCCUCUCAGCAAAGAAAAAAAAGGUUAACUGAUUUCAAAAUAUAAGAAAGCCAAAUCAAUUUUUGUAUUGUAAAAUCAGAAGCAAAGACAUUCUGGGAAAAAAGAUUUCACUAUGCAUAACAAAUGAAACACACAGUUGCUGAAAAUUUAAGCAAGUUAAAAUAGGGACAAAAUGAUGGAACAUCGAUAUAGUCAGUGGAAUGAACCAUAAGCUAGAUGGAGCAAGAGCACUAUGAAUUGUAGUGAGUGAAUUCUAACAUUGCCAACAAAAACGGAGCGAAGCGAAAGUGUAGCAUGCCCUUUUUUUGCAAGACAAAGAAAGUUGAGAGGAAAUUGAAACAUGUGCAUUUAUUCUUCAUGGAAUAUACACCUGUUCUUCACCAGAGAAUAAACCAGAGAAUCCUGUGAUAGAGUGUAAGCAUUUGCUAGAGUAGCUGGAGGUAGGAAGAGGAUGGCACAUCUCUGAGUUUAUCUUUCUAUGCAGCUUUGGAUUUUUAAUGAAUGCUAAUAUUUACAUAAUAAAUAUAUAUUUAAAUCAACCAUAGGUGAAACCUUUACUGAAAAAUAUAGACAGAAAUAAAUGAACUUUAUCUAUUUUCAGAUGAACAACACAACCAUGCUGUUAUGGCAAAACAAAAAAAGUUUUAACACAUGAACUGCUGAAAAAAGUACUUUGAUCACAGAAUUCUCACUUUAAAGACAAAUGUAACUUCAAACAAGCUUGUUAUGUAGAGUUUAGAUUUGUAAUUCUCAAUUGUGUGACCUGGUGUAUUAGAAUCUACUUAGUCUUGCACAAGUGAGUAAAUAUAUCAGUAAUUUUGACAGUCAAUUUUCUUAGUGUUGAGAAGGGGAAUUAGAAAUGUGAGAAUGUGUAGACUAGAAGAACCCAUGUAGAUUUUAGUGCAGUUGUAUUAAUUCAUAAUCUUAUAUAAUAAUGUAGGCAUGACUUGAGCUAGAGAUAUAGAUAUGAAAUCUUUAUAUCCAUAGGUAUAUUUUUAUAUUUCCUAGCUCUUUUCAAUGAAAGGAUUAAAAACAAUGGUGAUUCAUGAGCAAUGGACACACCAUAUCCUGGUUUCUAAAUCCCCAUUCAAGCUGCCUUGGAAAAGGCAUGAUUUUAAGACGAGGACAAGGAAUGCUCAAGAUGAGCAUCCUGUACUAGGAAUAAAGAAAAUGUCCCAAAAAGAUGGAGCAUGCACAGGAGUAACACAGCAAAUAAUGAUAAUGAUAAAUAAUAUAUCAUUGAAAAUAAGAAUAUAUGCUUCAAAAUUGAUAAUAAAGAAACACAGAUUGGGGUCUGGUGCUGUGGCAUAGUGGGUAAAGCCACCGUCUGCAGUGCUGGCAUCCUUUAUGGGCACCGGUUUGAGUCCUGGCUGCUCCACUUCCAAUCCAGUUCUCUGCUGUGGCCCGGGAAGGCAGUGGAGGAUGGCUCAAGUGCUUGGACCCCUGCACCCGCAUGGAGACCCAGAGGAAGCUCCUGGCUUCUGGCUUUGGAUUGGCACAAUUCCAGCCAUUGGAGCCAUCUGGGGAGUGAAUCAGCAGCUGGAAGACUUCUCUCUUUCUCUGCCUCUGUCUCUCUGUAACUCUGCCUUUCAAAUAAAUAAAUAAAUACAUAAACCUUAAAAAAAGGAAACAUAGAUUGAUAAAUGAGCAGAAAGAAAAGUUUUUUUAAUAACAAAAUACCUUAUGAUUAAUGUAGGAUGAAUAAUGGAGCUAAACUAUAAUUGAUUCAAUCAAUCACAAAAGAUGAUGAAAUGAUUGUGUGAAAGCUUCAUAAAGAACAGUUGAUGGAGGCCAGCGCUGUGGCAGAGUGGGUAAAGCUGUUGCCUGCAGUGUCGGCAUCCCAUAAGGGUGCUGGUUUGAGUUCCAGCUGCUCUACUUCCAAUCCAGCUCUCUGCUAUGGCCUGGGAAAAUAGUAGAAAAUGGCCCAAGUCCUUGGGCCCCUGCAUCUGCGUGGUAGACCUGGAGGAAGCUCCUGGAUCCUGGCUUCGGAUCGGUACAACUCCAGCUGUUGCGGCCAACUGGAGAGUGAACCAGCGGAUGGAAGCCCUCCCUCUCUUUCUUUCUGCCUUUCCUCUCUCUGUGUAACUCUGACUUUCAACUAAAUAAAUAAAUCCUUUCUUUUAAAAAAAAACCAGUUGAUACAGAACAUUUUAAGGUAGAUUCAAAAUAUUUGCAUGGAAAUUAUUUAGUAAUUAUAGAUAGAAAAACAGCAACUUUACAUCCAAGAACCCUAGUGGAUAUCAUCUUAAUCAAUGAUCAAAGUUAGGAUCACUAAUACAACAUAAUGACAUAUGCCUCCUACUGUGAACAUGAAAAUGGAAAGUCACUUUUGUGAACAUGGAAAUGGUUUCUGUCCCUACAAGUUAGCUUUUCUUUGCUGUAAUGAAAUACCGAAGACCAGCUAACUUUGUAAAGCUAAGAGGGUUAUUUAGUUCACAGUUCUAGAAGCACAAGGAUGAGGCAUCUGGGGGCCAGCUCUGUGGCAUAGUGGGUAAAGCUGCUACCUGCAGUGCUGAUCUGUGGUAACUAGUAGAGUACCUAAAAUGUAAUGUAUUGGAGUAAAAUUGACAUUUUGAGCU